GCCCAAGUUGGCUAAUACUUCCAAGAAAACAAUUGUACAAAGGAAUUUUCUUAUCAUUUCUGCUUAUCUUGAGUGUUCAAACUUUGUUGAAACAGCUCAAACGUUAAUAACUCGCCCUUGAAAAACUACACUUUUUUUAGUCUCAAUGGCCUCUGUUUCAGCUACUUUUGUUACAUUUGAGAAGCCACUUAAGCUAUCUUGCAAGACAAACAACCAGUUUAAAGGUACAAGUGCAAGUUUGAUUUCAGUGGGUUGGGCAAGGACUACUGGUUUCCCUCCUCUGAUAAUCUCGCGCUCCCGAAUCACUUGUGGAGCAAAACAUGAAACAGUGCAGAAAGUUAGUGACAUUGUGCGGAAGCAAUUAGCACUGUCUGCCGAGACAGAGCUCACCCCUGAUACGAAAUUUACCGCACUUGGUGCUGAUUCACUUGACACGGUAAGCCGCAGUUUCAUAUUCCCAUGCUUAUAUGCAUUCAUGACAUGUUUGUCACACAGGAUCGAACUCUCGGACUAGCUUAUUGAAAAGUUGAAGCUGGUAGAAAUAGUUAUGGGGCUCGAGGAAGUGUUUUGCAUUAGCGUGGAGGAAGAGAGCUCUGAGAACAUAACAACAAUACAAGAAGCAGCUGAUUUGAUAGAGAAACUAGUCGAAAAGAAGGCUGCAGCAUAAAGGGCAAAAUGGAGGCUACCAAUGCAAACUUAAGAUAUAGAGUCAGUCUCCAGAAUUUGUAGUGCAAUCUGAGUUAGGAUAUUCAGGCUUUACGGCUGCUGUCCAUCAGGGCUUUAGUCGUCGGAUCCCGUCAUCAAAGCAAAUUAUAUGUUCUUGCAAAUUAUUUUCUGAACUAAUAUGGAUUCAGACAUUUGUUAUUUUGCUUUAUAAGGAAGUUGCCUUCCCAUAGUGGUUAUUAAAAUCUUUUGUGGGUUGCAUUUAUGACUUA